AUGACUAUGGUAAAAGCAGCCUCAAAGAAGGGACGUAAAACAUUGUCUCACCAAGGUGACCCAAUAAUCAAAGAUGGAGUAGUUAAACUUAGGGAAAAGCUAACAAGAAGACAAAAACAAAGACUUCAGAAACGUAUAUUGAAAUCUGAUAAGCAUAUUGGGAAUAAAACUCAUUCCAAGGUUGAAAUACCAUCUGACAGUCUUUUAGCGACUAAAAGUGGUUUUCUUGAAAAUGAUAUUAAUGAACUCAUAACUGAUGACUUCGGACGUUUAUCGGAUUUGGAAGAUGAAGAUAUGGAAACAAAUACGAAUCCUGUUGAAGCCGUAGAUGAAAAGGAAGAUAUGAUAACUAACCUUACUUCCGAAGAUGCAGCUGAUAAAUCUGUUAUGGAUUCCAGUACUUUAAACCAGCGUAUUCGAAACUGGCUUCAUAUCCUCGCCGAUUUUAAAAACAGAGCACCAGCUGGCCUUGAUAGGAGUCUAUGUGUUCGAACUCUGAUAAGCGAUCUGUGUUCUCGUUAUUCAUACAACCAGUUUCUCAUGCUGAAACUUCUUGAUCUGUUCCCUAAAGAGGCUUUAAUAAAUCGUGGUGUAAACCUUGAUCCCUUGGAACCUUGGAGCAAAGUUGGACUUGUUGUCUACUCUUCACAAGUACCAUUAGGUGCAACACCAGAAUAUCUUGCUGGUCACUAUAUACUUCAGGGAGCUAGUUCUAUGCUUCCUGUAAUGGCCUUAUCUCCUCAGUCAGGCGAGCGAAUCUUGGAUUUAUGUGCUGCACCUGGGGGAAAAACCACUUAUAUAGCACAACUCAUGAAAAACACUGGGACCAUUUUCGCAAAUGAAAUAAACCCCAAUAGAGCCAAAGCGCUGCUUGGAAAUUGUCAUCGUAUGGGUGUAACAAAUACUGUCAUUUGCAUAGAAAAUGGGCGGAAAUUUCCAAAUAUUAUGUCGAAUUUCGACCGAGUUCUCGUAGAUGCACCGUGUUCUGGAACUGGCAUAAUUGCCAAAGAUCCUUCAGUAAAAACCACCAAGAAUAAUGACGAAAUUCAAAAGUGUGUAGAAUUACAGAAAAGAUUGCUUGUAGCUGCUAUUGAUUCCUGUAAAGUUGGAGGUUACAUAGUUUAUUCUACAUGCUCCAUAUUGGUAGAGGAGAAUGAAAAUGUAGUGAACUUUGCGUUAAGACGACGAAAGGUUCGCUUAGAAGAAACGAAAUUGUUUGGGGAGAAAGGUUUCACUGCAUUUAAAGGAUAUCAGUUCCAUCCACAUAUGACACGCGUUCGACGCUUUUAUCCGCACAAACACAAUGUUGACGGGUUUUUCGUGGCGAAAAUGAAAAAGUUAGCAACAGCAGCUACCAAGAAGAAAGAAUCUGUUUAA